GCUCCUAGAGUGGUCCGGAAGUGCAUGAACUGGUUCGGCUUCCGGCGGCCGCCGCGCCCCGCGCUCCCAGGCCAGUUUCCGUUGUCAGGCAGCUGCCGACCGCGGGGGAGAUGUCCGCCCUGGGGGCUGUGGCCCCCUACCUGCACCCUGCCGGCCCGGUCAGCUUCCUGGGGCCGCAGCUGCCCCCGGAGGUAGCGGCCCUCGCCCGCCUGCUGGGCGACGUGGACAGGAGCACCUUUCGGAAGCUCCUCAAGCUGGUGGUCAGCGGCUUGCAUGGGGAGGACUGCCGCGAGGCCGUGCAGCGCCUGGGCGCCGGCGCUGGGCUGCCGGAGGAGCGCCUGGGGGCCCUGCUGGCCGGCACGCACACGCUGCUGCGCCGGGCCCUGCGGCUGCCGCCCAGUAGCCUCAAGGCCGAGCCCUUCAGGGAGCAGCUGCAGGAGCUCGGCUUUCCCCGGGACCUGGCCGGGGAUGUGGCCAGUGCCGUGUUCGGGAGCCAGCGGCCGCUCCUGGACAUGGUGGCCCUGCGGCAAGGCACCGGGCUGCCCCGCCUGCAGGACUUCCGCUGGCGGGUGGACGUGGCCAUCUCCACCAGCGCCCUGGCGCGCUCGCUGCAGCCCAGCGUGCUGGUGCAGCUGAGGCUGUCGGACGGGACCGCGCACCGGUUCGAGGUCCCCGUGGCGAAGUUCCAGGAGCUGCGGUACAGCGUGGCCCUGGUCCUGAAGGAGAUGGCGGCGCUGGAGAAGAAAUGCGAGCUCAAGCUGCAGGACUAAGCCUGGCCUCGUCAGUGAGAACCGGCGCCUGCAUGGAGACGGGCUCGCUCUUGGCACGGCCGGGUACAGCAGGUGCCCGUUGUUGGAAGUAAGGGCUUCCCACGUGGGCCUUAAGCUGCACCCCGGGGUGGUCAUCUCAAGGCCAGUCCGGGCCAGGGCCCUUCGGAAGCUGUCAUGUCCUGACCCAUUUGCUUUGUGAAUCUCCCAGCAACGUCUGGAUUUGCAUUCUGUCUUGGAUCCUGGUCCGCAUGGCGCUGACACCAGUGGGUUAAUGCGCAGAGAAUGCACAAUAAAAGCAAAAAUCCAAAACA